UUACAAAUAUUAUUUUUACUAUGACAUGAAAACAUAUGAAGCCUAUAAAUUCACUUUCUGUAAACGCAUUAAACAAAAGAAAACCUGUAGCACUUAAGCCUGGACAUUCAUUAUUAAAUUGGAUAUCUUAUUGUGCUUCCAAACCUGAUCUUUCAUCAUUUUACCCUAAAUCAAAACCUCCUUUCAUAACAUCUGAGGAACUAUGUAAGCACAAUACUGAAAACGAUUGCUGGAUGUCUAUUCAAAACAAUGUAUUUAACAUGACGCCUUAUCUCGAAUACCAUCCCGGAGGUAUAGAGGAGUUAAUGAAAGGAGCUGGAAAAGACGCCACAACAUUAUUCAUGGAGAUACAUAAAUGGGUAAACUAUCCGAAAUUAUUGGCCAAAUGCUACAUAGCUCCUCUCAAGAAAAUACCCUUUAAUACUUUGUCAAUACCCGAAAUAGUCAUACCUGCUAUUCAAAAUUUGCCAGUCAACAAUAACGCUAUCAAAUCUGCGUCGUUUUCAAUAUUAACAGAAAUAGCUGACGUAUCUAAUCAUUUUAAAGACUCCAACAUUUCUAAAUUGAUCUCAUUUUCCUCGUAUGAAAAAGAUCGGAGAAAAUACUCAUUACAUAAUCAGGUCGAUACAUUAGCCUUAGUUAUUAAAUCAGCGAAAUACUCAAUUAAAAUUCAAAAAGGUUUUGUCGCUCGUUUAAAAUCGAAUUCCAUCCAAUUUUUGGCCUAUUUUACCGAUUUAAGAUAUAUGCUACAUUUAGAGUUCCUACCUCCCACUAAAAAUUAUUGCAAAAUUAAAUGGGAUAAUAUUGAUAUAGGCUCAGUGGAAAUAGACAUAUAUUACCUUAUGGGUAAAGAGAAGACGAUAGCCAAUUAUUCGAAUCCGAAUUUAUUAGUUACAAAUUCUAAUUCUAAUAAUUCUUCGCAUCGUUAUCGGCCUUUGAUAAACAAUGAUUUUAUUUAUCCAGCUCUUGAUUACACAAUGCACAUGCAAUAUCACAAGUGCACAUUAGUGGAAAAAGAACGUUUAACAUUCGAUACCUAUUCAUUUAUAUUCGCCCUACCUCCCGAUAUAUCUAUGAAAACGCCCUUGGGUUUUCACACAUUCAUAAAAUUGGAUCAAAAUAAGCCGAAUCUAGUCAAACCGUACACUCCCGUGCCAACAUCCUUAAUUUUAUCCAGGGACUCUGUUUUUUCUCCUCUGGCCGAUAUCAUCCCCUUUUACAAUAACUCAUUAAACUUUAUCAUCAAAAUAUAUGCCGAUGGAGUGUUCACUCAAACGCUAGACCAAAAAAUAAAAAUAGGUGAUCCGGUUUGGAUAAGCGAUUUCGUGGGAGAUUUCAAUGAAAGCCUCUUACUAAAAAACCUUCAAAAAUUAUUGUUGAUUGGGGCGGGAACAGGAAUUACACCUAUAUUGGGGAUCCUUAAUAGGAUUUAUAAUGAUAAUAAUGCAGCGCCAGUUGAUCCUAACAUUUCAAAAGACAUUUCCACAAAAAAUAUCUCUAAAUCUAAUUUCGAUAAAAUUUUACUCAUGGACUUCAAUAAAACUACCGAAGACAUCAUUUAUCAUAAUCAAUUUAACCAUUUACGAGAUACUUGGUCUAAUAGGUUUACUUAUAUAAGCGUUAUAUCAAGGCCUAACGUCAAAAUUAAAUCUCAUAAAGGACCAGUUGGUAGGAUCAAUGCGAACAUGUUAAAAAAAUAUGCUUUGCCUAUACUAUUGCCUAACGUAGAUGCCGACAUUGAAACCAAAAUAUUUGAUAUUCAUCGAUCUUGUACCAUAAAUAAUGUUUUAGUAUGUAUAUGUGGAUCUACGGCUUUCAAUCAAUCCGCUCAUGACAUCUAGAAAGGGAUUUUUGUGCUCUCGGGUAAGGUUUUGUGUCAGCUACCUUUUUAAAAAAACGGCGUUAUGCAAGGAUAUGUUUCGCAUAAUUCACGUGAGUUCUUUAAAUGAUGGGUCGUAGACCAACGUGCAGAAUGAAUGAAUUGCCAUUCUAAUGGUCUGUGGGAGAGCAAAAUCAGGUGAAACUUCACACCUCAUCAUGUGAAGGUAUCUGAAAGAAAUAUGUUCUAAAAGUUUUAAUAUCCCCUGACUGUAAGAGAAAUCAUACAUAGUAGCAAUUAAUAAUAUAACCAAUCACUACAUUCAGAGAAUGAAUCUUGAGAAAAAUUAUCCUA